GGGGUGAGCAAGCAAAGCAUCUUUAAUUCUCGUCGCCGGAUGCAUGCGACCUAAGAAACGUUUCUGGUUCUUGACGCGUCGCGCUGUCCGGGAAUCGUUUAGAUCGAUCGUUUAUGUGUUAGAGAGAAGUUGCCCCGACGACCCUUAUCCCUUUGCUUUCUUCCUAUUUCUUCUAUUCCUCUUUCCUUCCAACCAUCCAUCAUCCACACCCCUGCUCUAGAGACCCCAUCUCCUACCACAGCAGGGCCCACACGCGACUCACACCCUCCAUAGGCUACCUAUUUAACCCCUAGACAAGUAAAAAUGGCCGACGCAGCGACGGAAAAGAACGGCUCGAGCGCCGCGGCGGCGCCCUCGGAGGCCCCGCGAGGCGCGGCCGAAAAGGCGCAGAAGCAGGCAAGCGCGCAGGCAGCCGACGACGCCAAGGUCGAUGCCGAGGAGAGAGAGGAAGCGGGUGAGGACGAGGACGAGGACGAGGAAGACGAGGAUGAUGAGGACUUUCAAGAGGACGAGGAUGAGGACGAGGACGAGGACGAGGGAGAAGAUGAUGACGAUGAUGACGACGAUGAUGACGAUGAGGAGUAUGAGGGCGAGGAGGACGAAGGUGACAAGGAGGUCGCCGCGGCUGGAUCAAAGCGCAAGGCUGACGCCGACGAUGCCGGCGAGUCGAAGGCCCAAAAGACGGGCGACGAUGAGGAUGACGACGAAGACAGAGAGGACGAGGAUGAGGACGAGGACGAGGAGUAAUUU